UAAAUUUUUGUUGAAAAAAUACCUUUUCUAGGACAGUCUUGGUUUCUUCAUAUUGUGAAUUCACAUUAUAAUUAACUAAGCUUACCAAAUAACGUUUCUCCUUAGCUUGGUCAUCCAAAUAAUACGAGAGAGAGAGAGAGAGAGUAGCAGUAGUAGAAGUAGCUCCUCUCCUUAGCUUCCUCACCUCUCAAACUAAAGGCCGGUUCUCAUCAGAUUGUGAAGCAAUGGCGGCAGCUGGAUCCCACCGAAUAGUUGGUGAAGCACUCACACAAGAUAACUACGAAAACUGGAGUGUUCUGAUGAGGAACUAUCUCAUGGGAACAGGUCUAUGGGACGUUGUGGAAAGUGAACCUCCGCCAGUGGAAGGCAGACCAAGAAUAUGGAAGAAAAAAAAUGCAAAUGCGUUGCACAUCAUUCAACUCUCAUGUACUUCAGAUACCUUUGCUCAGAUUAGACGCUUUGAAACCGCCAAAGAAGCCUGGAACCACUUGAGUGCGUCUUUUGGGUCCAACUCACAAGCCGACAUAGAUAUUGAACAAGGUGGUGUAAUGGAUGAUCCUGAAUAUCGCGAGUUGUUCAUGAGUGUGGAAGAGAAUAAUUGGAGUGCAGUAAAGUCAAUCCUGAACAAGAACGACAUGGCUAUAUAUUCUACUUCCCGAUCUGGUAGGACAGUGCUCCACACGGCGGCAAUCUUGGGGCACCAGGACAUGGUAAAGCAAUUGGUAGCCGAAGGCGGAGAAAUAUUACUUACAAUGCAAGACAACCGCGGUUACACGGCUCUCGCCCUUGUUGCUGAUCUUACCGGCAACAAAAGCAUAGCAAAGUGCUUGGUAGAAGAAAGUAGUGUUGGUGGUUGGGCACAGGUGCUGCUUGAGAUGGAGACCAGAGACGGUGAGAUACCUGUUCUUCUUGCUGCCGCUAUGGGUCACAAGAAAAUGACUUCAUACCUCUAUUCUAAAACACCCAGGGAUAUGUUCGACAAUGCCGACAAUGCCGACAAUGCAGUUUUGCUCCUUUCACGAUGUAUCAGCGCUGAAAUAUUUGAUGUUGCUUUGCAAUUACUACUACAACAUCCGGGUGCGCUACCCCUUACUCAUGAAUCAGAGUGUCUCCGACCCUUAAAGGCAUUGGUUCACAAGCCUUCUGCAUUCCCCAGUGGCACUAGAUUUGGGAUUCUACAUUGGAUCUACGAUUAUUUAGAAGUACACGACGAGAUGGUAUCAAGUGUUCCCCGGGAUAAAGGACCAUCUAUGAGAACUUUAGCAGAUCGACUGCUUGCACCCAUUCACUUAUUCAUUCAAAAUUUUCUACUAAUAUUCCCAGGAAUAAAAAAAAUAUACAAAAUGAAAAAGACCCACCUUAGGGUUGAUCAAAUUCUGAGUUGCUUGGGGGAAAAAGUUACUCGCCUUGAUGGAUCGCAGCUUCGAAAUGCUUCUGCAUAUGAUGCAAUGUUGCAGGCAGCCAAGUAUGGAACCAUUGAGUUCAUAGAGUUGAUGAAAAAAGCAAAUCCAGACCUCUUAUGGGUCAUUGAUAGAAACAAGAGAGGCAUAUUCUCGCAUGCGAUUUUGAAUCGCAAAAAAAACGUGUUUGACCUCAUACACGAUGUUCACGGACGCAAGGAGAUAGUUCUUUCUCGCACCGACGUGUUUGGCAAUAACCUUCUACAUCUAGCAGCACAGUUAGGGCCUUCCUCUGCUCUUGCUGAUAGAUCUGGUGCAGCUCUCCAAAUGCAAAGCGAAAUUCAAUGGUUUAAGACUGUGGAGAAAAUUGUGCAUCCCAAGUGUAAAGAGGCGAAGAACGAAGAUGGGAAAAACCCUCAUGAAAUAUUUACGGAACAACACAAGCAGCUGGCGAAAGAAGGGGAGAAGUGGGCGAAAGACACAGCUAGUGCUUUCUCCGUUGUUGGUACUCUUAUCACUACAAUCCUCUUUGCCGCGGCCUUCACUCUCCCUGGUGGAAACAACCAGAGCAACGGGGAACCCAUGUUCCUGCAUGACAGGGCAUUUACCGUCUUCAUUAUAGCAGAUGCAAUAUCAAUCUUUGCUUCUUCGACUUCAGUCUUGAUCUUCAUUGGGAUCCUCACGUCGCGUUAUGCGGAAACAGAUUUCCUGAAAAAGUUGCCAUAUAAACUGCUAGUUGCCCUGGUGACUCUGUUUUUAUCAGUGGUCUGCAUGAUGGUUACGUUUUGUGCAGCACUUCUUGCCAUGUUCAAAGGAAAAGCGUAUCAGCCGCUGCUGAUAGUUGCCAUGGUACUUGCAAGUAUCCCUAUUAUUGCAUUUAUCCCAUCGCAGCUACGCCUCUUCCGUGAGAUUUUCUAUUCUACCACCAGGUCUAAUCUCUAAUGUGUGCAAUCCAAUUAAGAAAGGAAACGCUAAGCAUUAAGCACCUAAUUCACAACUUUAUAACUUGAUAA